AUGCGUUGUUCCACAGUUCAGUUUCGCGGACUGUUUUUGCUUCUCUCAAUUUUUGUGGUUCAAGAUGAGGCUACUAAGCCACCUUUUACCAUUGAAUUCCAUAACUUUUCCUGUGCACUUCGAGAUCCCAACUGGGUAUUGCAACUCGACUGUAAAUUGCAUCGAAAGCGCAUAUAUCCAUCAAUUUCUGUGGCUUUUAAACUUGCCAAGCAAAUUAAUGAAUAUAAUUUGCUAUAUCAUCUGCAGUUUGUCAAAAAGGAUAAUUCGAAAAAAUCCGUUGGACGCCUCAAACUCGAUGGUUGCAAAUUUCUUGAAUCGUUUUAUAGCAACAAUAUGGUUGGAAAGUUCUUUAAGCGCAUUCAAAGUGUCAGCAAUCUGCCCAAGAAAUGUCCAAUUCCUGGAAAUAAACUUUUGGAGAUACGCAACUAUACUGUAUUACCGGAAGAGUAUCCUCCGUUUGCGCCCGCCGCGACAUUUCAUUUGACUCUCCAGAUCGAACGAGGUGGAAACAUAAUAGCCGAUAUUAUUAAUGAAGGCUCUAUUAGUUAUUAAUUGUCAAGAUAAUUGCAAGCAACCGAAAUAAAAUGCUUCAAAUUAAAUGAAUUAAGUGUAGUAAUUGACACAACUUCUGCUUAAUGUUGCCAAACAUGAGUGAA